AUGUCGGUGGAACAGUACGGUGCUAGACUGCUUGCAGAGGUGCAGGAGGAAGGCCUCGACAAGCUCGACAAGUUGCUCGAGGCCGUCCGAUACCCUCCAGAGCCACAGCCAGCGACACGCUCGUUAGCAUGGGACCCAGCAACAGCAACAGCAACAGCAGCAGUACCCAACCGGGCCCUUGAAGACGAGGAACUUGCGGAACAUGACGAUCCCGAUAAUGCUCCCAUUUACGGACGCACCCAAGGAUCUCGUUCUGAACAGAUCAAAGCCAAACCGCCUACGAUCGAACUGUCAAGUCGCAAGUCCGGCGCCGGCAAAACCAACCUGCUGUACUAUCUCUGCACCCUGGCUGCCCUGCCUCAAGACAUCGGCGGCAAGUCUGCCACCGUGGUAUACAUCGACAGCGAUGCCCGCUUCUCGGCCACUCGACUUAUGCAGAUAAUGCAACACCACAUCAUCACAGCGCGACAGAGCACGACCGACGCUGCCAACAACACUGAGAACACAACAACCACUGACCUUUCCGUUCCGAAGGGCACGACAGCCGAAGUCAAAGACAGAGACACAGACACAGAGAUUGCGCUUGAAGCGUUGCAGCACAUCCACGUUUUCCGUCCCCAAUCCUCAUCGCAGGUUGUAUCUGUGCUUGACUCUCUUCCGAGUUACUUGCUCGACCGGUCACGCCAUCCCUCCUUCUACCGUGGUCUAAGUCUGGUGGUCCUCGACUCGGCCACCGCGUUUUACUGGCAGGACCGCUUCGACAGGGACAUGGCGCGGCUUGGGCUCGCGUCGCCUGGCGUUGACGUGUCAUCGUCGCCGGGGCCGUCGCCGACCGCGGAGAUCAUCGAGCGCCUGAAAGCCAUCCAGCAUAGGUUCGAGUGUGUCGUCGCUUUUAGUACAAACCACCCGUCCCCGCCACCUGUGCAGUCUUAUCCGUCGAGGUCGGCUCGGGUGCAUGCUCGGGGCGGUAACCAGAGCCAGGAUCAGAUACCAACGACACCUUCGGCACCACUGUCGUUAGCCCCGGCUGUGACGUCCUGGACCUCCUACGCCACGCUCACGCUCGACCUAUCUCGGGCGCAGAUCCUACAGUUUGCGCCGCACAUGACUUUGGAAGAGUGUCUGCGCGACGCUGACAAGAGGGUGGAAGCUGUCCGCCAUGCGCAGUUCAUAGCCAAAGUACGUGACGGCCCCGGGCAGUUGACAGGCAUACAGCCUGAGCGCGAUCCGGGGAGACCGGCUGCGUUUACCUUCAAGAUUGGGGACGAUGGUGUCGACGUCGAGUAG